AUGUCUAACUCAAACCUGGCCUGCCCGGAGGAGAAAGGUGUGGAGUCUCCCAGGAAUUCCUUGUCCACGCAGCCGGGCCGCCUCUUCGGCGACGCGGCCGCCGGCGAGGCCGCGGCGGCCGCGUCCCGCAGAGGAUGGGAACUGGAGUUGGGUGAGAUGAUUGAAGCGAAGCAUCAGGCGGUGAUGGAGAAGAUUGACCAGCAGUGUAAGCUGCUGGAACUCUUCCUGAGCAGCCGAAGGCCCUCGCAGGGGCCCGGGGCUUUCAAGGAGCUGAUGGACAGCCGGACGCCCGCGACUAGCUCUAAGGAGCUGACUGGAAGCCGAAGGCCUUCACAGUUCAGCAAGAAUGGCAUCGACUCCAAGGAGCUACAGCCAAAGGAAAACAGCCGAAGACCUUCCCAGUUCAGCAAGGGGACCAACUCCAAGGAGGACAGCAGAAGGCCAUCCCAAAGUGGAUCGACCGGACCCCAGGAGGUCACGGAGAGUGAGACCUUGGGGCAGAUUGGCGAAUCCAAGGAGGUGCCGGCCAGGCCCUCCCAAGGGAGCCAGGACAACGAGGCGUCCCGUUCCAGUAAGGCCUCAAACACGUCAGCCUUCUCCGCGCACCGGGGUGGACAGAAGGUUCCUACAAAGAACAGCUUUACACCUCAGUUGUUCAAGACCUUUUCCCAGAACGACAUGACCAAGCGGAAGAAGGCGCAUGCGGCCUCCGCACGCCGGUCGUUGUCCAUGGGGGAGUCGUUGAACCUGCAGCUGGAACCCGAGCCGAGCCGCGUGCAAAACAUGGUGCGGCAUCCUGGCUUCGACCUCUUCUUCACCGUGGUGGUCAUUACCAACUCCAUCUUCAUUGGCGUGGAGCUCCAGUUGAGCGUGGCACAUCCCAAAGAGGAUUUCCUCGCCGUGUCGAUCAUCCAAUAUCUCUACACGCUACUCUUCACCGGCGAGCUCGUGAUGCGGGUCGUGGCCGAAGGGCGACACUUCUUGUGUGGCGAAGAUUGGUCUUGGGGAUGGCUGGACCUCUUCAUUGUUCUUUUCUCGCUGUGGGAAACCGUGCUGGGCAUCAUAUACUACUUUGCCCAGGCGGAGGGACAACAAGGCAUGCUGAGUGGCUUCUCGAGCUUGAAGGCGUUUCGCAUCAUCCGCAUCACUCGCCUGGUAAAGGCGGUGCGUUUGGUGCGGAUCCUUCGCUUCGUGAUGGCCUUCAGGAUGCUCAUCUCCUCGAUCUUGCACACCUUGAAGUCCCUCUUCUGGGCACUCAUGCUCUUACUACUCAUCAUCUAUGUCUUUGCGGUGCUCUUUACCCAAGCGGUGAACGAUCACUUGUGCGACGCGGAAGUGCCCAACCCCCUGGUGGGCGACGAGCGGGACGAGGCGUUGAAAUACUUUGGCAGCUUGCCCUUCACCAUGUUGAGCCUCUUCAUGAGCAUCUCCGGUGGGGUGAGCUGGGAGCUCGUCAUCCGACCACUGCAGGAGAUUUCGGCGACGUGGGUGGUGAUCUACCUCUUCUACGUGGCAUUUACCUACUUCGCCGUCCUCAACGUGGUGACGGCUGUCUUCUGUCAGUCAGCCAUCGAGGGAGCUCAGAAUGAUCAUGCAUCGAAGGUUCAUGCCAUUUUGGCCAACAAAGAGGCGCACCUGGAGAAGAUCAACACGCUCUUCAGCAAGUUCGGCGCGGAAGGGGGGGUCAUCACCUUCGAGCAGUUUCAACGGCAACUCAAAGCUGCGGAAGUGCGGGAGUACUUUCAAACCUUGGGUCUGGAUGUUUGGGAUGCCUGGUCCUUCUUCAAGUUGUUGGACGAAGAUGGUGGCGGCGAAGUUGAGGUGGAGGAGUUCCUGAUGGGCUGCUUGCGGCUGAGAGGGCAAGCCACCGCCAUGGAUGUCGGAAAGAUCAUCAACGACCAGACCUGGCUGAUUAAGAACCAAGGCAAGUUCCAAGCUUACGUGGAGGUGGAACUCGCGCAGCUCAAGGAGUAUCUGGCGCUGAUUGCAGGGGAGAAUGUGGGCUCUGACGAGCACAUUGGCCUCAUCUUUGGGGACCACACCUUUGGCGUCUCACGGAAGUUCACCAAUGAGGACGUGCCGGAGAACACACCAUCCGGGCUCAGGAUCGACUACCAAUUCGAGCGGACCACAAGCCCAUGA